AUGGGAGCUACACUCUCGUCAACGAAUGCGAUAGACACUUGGUCUAUCACUGUUGUAUUCUUUGGCCUUUUCUCGUUAUGGCACCUCGGAAACAUUGUUUACAACCUAUUUUUCCAUCCACUGAAAAAGAUUCCUGGCCCGUUUCUUGCUCGAUGUUCGCCUUGGACUGUGCAAGAACAAGCUGAAAACCUAUUGCUAGUCGGAACAAACAUCAUCACGACACAUGACAAAAAGUUGCACAGGAAGUUGAAGAGAGGUAUUCAACCAGCCUUCAACUCCAACUCCCUGAAAGACCAAGAACUGUUGAUCCAACAGCAAGUGCGAGGUAUGAUUGGCCGGGUGGACGAAAUUAUCCAAAAGCCAGGCCAGGUAACGAAUAUGGGCGAUGUAAUUUCUGAAAGCAUAUGGGACCUAGUUUCCGACCUGAGCUUUGGCGAUACAUUAACAGGAAAUGGAAGAAUCAUGUUUGAUUACUUCAUCAACAAUGCAAACUCGGUCAUGGCGGCGUAUGGUUUAUAUGAUUACCUCUUCCCCUUUGGCUCUUGGGUGCUUCCUUCGCUCAUAAAAUCUCUUGGUAAAUUGCUCAAGAGUUUCCCUUAUGCAUCGACUACGACCGGACAUGUAGUCAGCGCGUCCACGCUCAGAAACCUAGCUGGCUAUGGAACGAUGGCUAUGACAAUGACUGCCACAUUUUACCAGCUUCUCCGUAACCCGGAAUAUAUGGCUGUUGUACAAUCAGAACUCCGAAACGCUUUUCCCAGCCAGGAAUCGAUCACUGCGGAUGGCCUCGCAAAGCUCCACUAUCUCCCCAGUGUAAUCUUUGAGACUCUUAGGCUGAUGCCGCCUAUCAAUACCCGCUUUGCCGACCGAACAUGUCCUGGAACGAAGAUCAACGGCAUUUACAUUCCUAAAGGUACGGUAGUCUCUGCCAAAGUUUUCUCCAUGCAAAGGAUGCCCGAUUAUUGGGCCGAGAUGUCCUUUCUGCAGUGUCUUUCCAGAGGUUCAAGUGUGUUCAGGUGA